AAAAGGUGCAGAUGAGAACAAGAAACCAUUUCGUGCCUGGUCUUUGAACAGGGCAAUUUGCUCCCCUCAAUUCGCAUCACAGUGAUAGCCGCAGCAUCCAACAUGUUUAGCCCACAGUUGCCCCAGGAAGUUGUCGGCCUUGUCAUUGACAAUGUUGACAGCGUUCCAGACCUUCUGAACUGCGCCUGUGUCAACAGCAUUUGGAAUUCUGAGGCCUUAAAGAAGCUGUACGAAGGCUCCAUACAUGACAUGCGGUUCCGCACACCGGACAUUGGGUCGCUUAAUUGUCUCUUUGUAGCAUCAAGAAAGCGCUUCUGGCGCAACAUGUCCUUUGUGAAGCAUCUUCUGAUUUCCCCAGCGUCACACACAGUGUACUAUGCUCAUCUUCCAAAAUCUGGUCAUUUUGAAAAUUGUCGGGCAUUGCGUCAUCCCCAAGAUACCGAGAACCUCCUACAGCCACCAGGAAAGGGGCUUACCAGUUUUGCAAUUCCUUUCGAUAUUGCACGCCCAUAUACGUCUGACGUUGAACACCUUUUUCUUCCCCCAACUGUGGAAUUCUUGGCCAUUGCUGCUGUCUUCUGUGAAGACUUUCUUCGCAAUCAACAUCGGGCGAAGCUCGGAAAUCUUAAAGCCCUUACAAUUUACGAACAAAAUGGGGAAGAUGAUUCCGUCGAUGCCAUUUCCGAGUUUCUUGAAGCUUGUGAUUUGCAGUUUUUUAAUCUUGAAACAACAUUCCUUGGCAGGCGUGGAUUCGACAUCGAGAGAAUCCUGCCGUAUCUUCAGCAGCAGCGGAACCUCAUGGCCUUGGCACUUAACAUGCCCUUUUUGGGGGGGUCUUUGAUAUCGGAAUCAUCAACUUUAACACAAGAGGGACUUAGAAACCCAUGGCCUAAAUUGAAGGCACUGUCCCUUGGCCAAGGGGACGAACAAUCGCUGGAACUAUUACCAACUUUCGAAGACCUUCAAAUCCUUAGAAUACAUCAGCUUUCCGAAAUGCUGGAUAUUGGCCAUACUCUAGUCGAAACUAUCGGGAGGUGCAAACAUCUUAGGGCCCUCAAUAUCGGUUUCGAGGAUAUUGAGACACUAGCAGCUAUUCCGGAUAUCGUUCGUGACUGCCCGCUUUUACAAGAGUUUGUCUUAAUGGACUGCAUCUACUCGGUGGAAGAAUAUCAAGCGGAAAUCCUGUUUUCGCGUCUGAUACAUGCCCUACCGCGGGUAGAGUUUCUUCGCCUGGGCCUGAAAUUCCAAAUGAGCAAUGAAAUGCUUCAAGACUUGGCGCGUCUGUGCCCGCAACUCUCCAUUCUUUGUCUGCCCAGUGUUGAGCUAUCCAUGGCGCUUGCCAAGAUGACGGAGGUCAACCCAUUUCAACAGCUAGAAAGCAUGAUAUUAUUGGGAAUAUUUUUCCAGAAUCCAUGCCGCAUGAUGCACUGUGACAGAAUCCAGAGCAUUGUAACUGAGUGGCGCAGGAUAUUCCCAAAGCUGAAACCAGUGAUGCCAUGCCAUGAUGAUUAUGAAGCUGAACCUUGGGAGGAAGUAGCUUUGAUGGGAAUAGAUUUGAGGCGAGAUGAUCUUGAAGAUGAGGUCCUAGUGCGGGCAGAAAAGGAGAUGAAGACGUCUAUCGACAAGGAUUGUGUCGGUACUAUCUUACGGACGAAGCUCUGGAAGGCGCUCGGAUAUCGAAGAGACUGGCUCACUCCCGACAAUAUCCAAUACAUAUGGCAGACCAACAUGGAAAUCGAGAUGAUCGGGUGGCCCGUGGUGCCUCUGAAAGCAUUCUCUGAUCAAAGUCCGUUCUCUACACGCGCCAAUUGAUCUUGAAAACACGAGACUCCGCAUAUAUGGUGAAUUCUCGAUGUAUAGGGAAGUUGGAAAUGCGUGGAGGCGCAAGUCAGAUUUGAGGCUGUACCCUCAUAUAGCGCCUAACCCGGUGUCAACCGACUCCGGGCACCGUGGCCACACCCAGAAAGAAGUCUUCCAGUGAUUUCAUGAUGCUUCACGCCUCAGCAUUCCACCUGUUGUCCAUUUGGCAUCCCACGGGGUUCUAGGCAGAGCUUCAGACCACAUUUGACGUGCUGUGUGCUCGAAAGGGGCGGCUGUAGGGAUAGACUGGGCCACGGACAGACAGAGUAUGGCAGGCUUAGGGGCUGCUAGCUAUGGCCGAACAGCUGGCAGGGAGGGCUGUUUAAUCAACAGCAAUUCGCCCGUUGAGCUAUUUCGACAUUUGUCAGUAUUUAG